AUGGCAGAGAAACGCAAACUCCCUCCACGCGCCGGUCGCGAGCCUGCGGCUAAGCGACGUGUCUCCGAAGCGGCGCCAAAGAAGAAAGCUCCCACUCCUCGUGUGCCAUCGCCUCCGCCCGAGCCUGUUGAGGCACCGUUGCCUUCGAAGCUCAAGGAUGGUGAGCCAUUGCCGAUUAGACGCGUCCGACAACCAGACUCCUUAUCCGAGACGGAAUACCAGUCUAUUGCCGAAAGCGCAGUACUACUCGCAUCACUUGAACGAUCCAAGAAGAAAUGGCUAAGCGACGGCAUCCUGGUCCGAUACUAUACGAAGCCGAAGAAGACGAAGCGCGAGCAGAUCGAAAGGAACAACCCGCCAAAGGACUCCAUGGUAAAGGUUGGACUUUGCGACGUCACCGUGGGCCCUCAUUAUUUCGAUGCCAUGUUGUACACUGUCAAAGACCCAAAUGCGCAACCGCAGCCGCUUCAAUAUGCACCACCGCGACCAAUGAUGCACUACAACGGCCCGAAUAACUUCCAGCGAUACCCUCCAUACCCAUCUCCGAACCAGCAACGUCCGCCCUAUUCUCCAGCCCCAGCCGGUCGCCCUCCACAAGGAUAUCAGACACCGCAACAACGUGCGCCGAAUGCGUCAUCUCCAGCAGGUCAACGGCCACCGCAAGCCAACCAGACUGGCCAGCCUGCAAAGCCGAGCCCCGACCCGGUUAUCCAGAUGCUCGCUACGAGGGCGGCUGCAGAUCCCGAGCUGAAGGCACUGAUGAGAGUAGUUGCAUCUAGUCAGGCAUCUCAGGAGCAACUCCGCGCUUUCCAAGCUCACAUUGACGAGCUCAACGCAAUCAUCAAGGCCAGGGAACAGCAGCAGAACGCAGCUGGAACAUCUACACAACAACCAGCCUCGCAGCCAGGAACGCCUGCGCCUCAAGGCAAGUCGACUCCAGACAAGUCGACUCCGUCGCAGCCUGAGUCUCAACAAAAGCAAGAAUCGGGGGUGAAGACAUCACGAGGGUCGGGAUCCAAGUCACAACCCGCGGCUCCGACUGAAACACCUAAAGACCCCGAGAAGCCAGCGUCACCAGAACCGAAAGACACUCCGGCAAAGUCGCUAUCUGGAGAAGUAUCCUCCGGCAGUCAAUCUCAAACAUCAGCACAGACGCAACCUCUCGCUCCUUCACAGGAUGCAGCGGCGCCUAUUAAGCAAGAACCGGACACCAAUAUCACCCAAGCCCCACCCACUGCAGGGCAGCCAGCAGCAUCUACUUCAUUGGGGACUCCCGCUCCUGCCGGCUCCCCUGCUCCCAAUGCAGCCCAUCCUGCUCAGACCCCGGGCAACUUUCAACAACCGCCUCGGCCCGGACAGGCCUAUACCCCCCAACCACCUAUACAGUCACGACCCCCGCAAUAUGGAUCCCCCACACCCUACUACCGUCCACCUGGGCCUCAACAACCACAAGCUCGGGCUGGAUACAAGUCCGUUGUUUUCGAAUUUACCUCUCCUCUCACCCCGUACGGAAACGUGAAUUCUGGUCAUGCAGGUUCGGGUGAUCGCUAUCUCUUCCCGGAACAUUCAAUCCUUGAAUGGAUACCAAGCGAAAAUGUUAUUCUAGCAUCUUUCCUCAUCGUGCGCAAGGUCGAUCCCUCCAAACCAUUCCCAAUCGAACCUGAAGGGGAGCCGACCACCAGUCGAGGCAAAAGCAAGGCCUCCAAAUCCAAGAAAGGCAAAGGCAAAGACGCCACUGAAGCCUCAACACCAAAUCCAGCAAACCCUACAGAUACUCCUCAGAAGUCAGAGCCUACAGAUAAGACAGGCAUCAACCCAAACCUGUCCGUUCCAGCCACUCCCGGCACCCCCGCGGAGCCUGUGGUUAAGGACGAAACCCUGAAGGAAUACUGGCAGCCCGUGACGUUCCGGAUCCACGCCAGCAACCCCCGAGUUCUUGAGCCUCUCACUCGUGUUGUUAAGCCGGCCGAGGAAGUCCGCAAAUACAUGAACGAGAUCAUGGACCGUGCUGAGCGUGCCCCAGACGGAUUCCCAGCUUUCCGCCUUCCUCGUGAAGACGCACGCGAUGCCUUUGAGUCAGAAGGCACACCUGCCUCAGGGAUAAACGUGACUCGCAGUCGACCUUCCCGUGCUGCUAUCAAGGCACCCGGGGAAGAGUCGGAAGCUGAGAACUUGCUUGAUGUGGAAGAGGAAGAAGAUUUGCUGGAUUUCUACGGCGCACCGAUGGGAUUGCCGCCUCUUAAAGCACUGAAAGCUUAG